AUGGCCGUGUGGGAUCUGUCCGUCACGGUGGAAGAGCUAGGACCUGAUGCCCCACCCCUCAAGAUCAGCGUCACCUCUGACCUACAUAUCGGCGGGGCCAUUCUCAAAAUUGUGGACAAAACACAGAUAAAGAAGGACUGGUCAGACCACGCGCUGUGGUGGGAGCAGAAGCAGCAGUGGCUGCUCAAGCCGGCCUGGACGCUGGACAAAUGUGGCAUCCACGCAGACGCCCGUCUCAGUUUCACCCCCCAGCACAAGCCCCUGAGACUGGGCAUGCCUAACGGCAUCACCCUCAAACUCCGCGCCUGCUUCUCCAGCUCCGUCUUCCGCACGGUCAUGGGAAUCUGCAAACUGCUCAACAUUCGUCGCCCAGAGGAGCUCUCACUCCUCAGGCCGGUGGAGGAGAAGAAGAAGAAGAAAGACAAGGAUGUAGAAGGGGAGGUGUAUGAUAUUACCUGCGCUCCCCUCCCUUCCGGUACAGUUCUGACUCUGGCCAAUGGCAUGCCAGCUUAUUUUGCUGACUCACCUGAAAUGGAAGCUGUUUACAAACUGCUGUCAGUCAGUCAGCCGGCUCCACCCCCAGAAACCAUCGUCAAAAUGUAUCGGCCAAUGAAUGUGGUGGACAAGGCGCAAGUCAACGGCAGGUGGCUUGAUUCUUCUCGUUCCCUGCUUCAGCAGGGCGUGAAAGAGAACGACAAAUUGUUCCUGAGAUUCAAAUACUACAGUUUCCACGAGCUCUCUCCCAGGACGGACGCGGUGCGCCUGGUCCAGCUGUAUGAGCAGGCUCGCUGGUCUAUCCUGCUGGAGGAUAUCGAGUGCACAGAGGAGGAGAUGAUGCUGUUCGCUGCUCUUCAGUACCACAUCGGUAAGGUGUCUCUGACAGAGCCUCAGAUGGUGGUGUCCAGUCCUGCCAUGGAUGACCUGGAUUCUGCUCUGCAGUGUCUGGAGGUGAAGAUGGAAGGAGGUCAAAACAACACUGUGGAUGUGCUGGACACCAUGACAACAGCUCCAGAACUGCACGACUACUUGAAGCUUCUAAGGCCAAAGAAACUGACAUUGAAACCCUACAAGCAAUAUUGGUUUAAAUUCAAGGAAACGUCCAUUUCCUAUUACAAAAGCAAAGAGGAAAGCACCAAAGAGCCCAUACAGGAGAUGAACCUCAGAGGUUGUGAGGUGGUCCCUGACGUGAGUGUAGCAGGGCAGAAGUUCUGUAUCAGAUUAUUAAUCCCAGAAGCCGAGGGCAUGAAUGAGGUGUACCUACGCUGUGAAAAUGAGCAGCAGUACAGUCGAUGGAUGGCGGGCUGCCGUCUGGCCUCGAAAGGGAAGACAUUAGCAGACAGCUCGUACUCUAGUGAGGUGCAGAACAUCCAGUCUUUCUUGGCUAUGCAGAGGACCACGCCCAGGACAGACACGCCCCAAACAGAUGAGAGCAUUAACACUCACAGCCUGGUCUCCCCACGCUACCAGAAGAAAUACAAGGCUAAACAGCUGACUCCCCGUAUCCUGGAGGCCUAUCAGAACGUGGCUCAGCUCUCCCUGUCGGACGGCAUACAGAAGUUCCUGCAGAUCUGGCAGGCCCUGCCUGAUUUUGGGAUAUCCUAUUUUGUGGUUCGGUUUAAGGGCUGUCGGAAAGACGAGGUUCUGGGCAUCGCCAAUAACCGUCUGAUCCGGAUCGACCUGAGCGUGAGCGAUGUGGUGAAGACGUGGAGGUACAACACCAUGAGACAGUGGAACGUUAACUGGGACAUCAAACAGGUUGCCAUCGAGUUCAAUGGGAACGUGAACAUAGCGUUCAGCUGCGUGACUGCAGAUUGUAAGAUUGUACACGAGUACAUCGGCGGCUACAUCUUCAUGUCCACGCGCAACCGGGACCAGGGUGACACACUCAACGAGGAGCUGUUCCACAAACUGACGGGCGGCCACGAGGCCCUAUGA